AUGAAGAGACAAGGAGAUACACCAACAACAAAGAAUGAUCAAGUUGUAAAAAAGAAAAAGACAACUGGUAAACCACAACCAUUGACCAAAUUGUCUAGAUCAAGAGAGCCAAUUGCUCCACCACCCAAACCAACACAGAUCGUACCAACAAAGGCUAUCCCAGUUGGUAGCAUACACUUUAACGACAUUGGUACAACCUUGACAGCACAACAAGAUCAUCGUGCUGAAUCGGCUAGUGUCAUGCAAUGGAUGUUGGGAGGCAAGUUAAUGUUGGACGAGUUUUAUGACGACUACUUUGGUUUGCAACACUAUAUUGUCAAGCGUAACGAUCCAAACUACUACAAAAACUUUUUCACCAAGGAUUCAAUCGACAAGAUGCUCAAGAGCAACAACCUCAAGUUUACCGAAAACAUUGAUAUCACCAACUAUGUCGACAAUGAACGUCAAACACUCAACCCCGACGGAAAGGCAUACCCAGCCGUCGUAUGGAAGCAUGUCCGUGAUGGAUGCUCUCUUCGUCUCCUCAACCCACAAACAUUCAACAUGAACGUAUGGAAGGUUCUCUCAUGUCUCCAAACCUACUUUCAGUGUGGUAUGGGUGCCAACAUCUACCUCACUCCAGCUGGUGCUCAAGGUUUUGCUCCUCACUAUGAUGACGUUGAUGUAUUCAUCCUCCAACUUGAAGGAAAGAAAGUUUGGAGAUUAUAUGAACCACGUUCAGAACAAGAAAGAUUACCAAAGAAAUCAAGUGAAAACUUUGAACAAGAUGAAAUUGGAGAACCAAUAAUAGAAGUUACAUUGGAAGCUGGUGAUAUGAUGUAUUUCCCACGUGGUAUUAUUCAUCAAGCUUACAGUCCAAAGGAUGUACAUUCAUUACAUAUUACCAUCUCGACACAGAUGAAUAACACUUGGGGUGACUUGUUUGGCAAGGUUAUCACUAGAGCAUUGGAUAUUGCCAAUGAGGAAGCCGUUGAAUUCCGUCAAGGUCUUCCACGUGACUAUACCGAUUAUCUAGGUGUCAUCAAUUCAGACAAGGUCGGUGAUGAACGUAGAAAGGAAUUGUUGGAUCAUGCCAGUAUGUUGUGGGAAAAGUUGGGCAACUAUCUACCAGUAGACAUUGGUGCCGAUUUGAUGGCUGUCAAAUACCUCCAUGACUCUCUUCCACCAUUCCUCUCUACACAAGAAAAGAAACAUACUAUUGAAGAUGACAGUGCUGCCGCCUCACUCAAGCUUACUCAACGUGUUCGUCUACUCAGAAAGGAUGCAGUCAGACUUGCCAUUGAAGAGGUUGCAGUCGUAUACCACACCAUGGACAACACUAGAGUCUAUCAUCAAGUUGGCGAAGAGCCAGGUGUCAUUGAAUUUACACUCGACUGUGCCGACGCCAUCGAACACCUCAUUUCAUCCUAUCCACGUUACGUCAACAUCACAGAUCUUCCAGGUACAGAUGCUCAAAAACUUGAUAUUGUUAAUGCUUUUUAUGAAAAGGACAAACACACAAAUUUAGCGAUCGAUAACAACAUAAGAGUCGAUACCCUUACUGGCCAAUUAUUAGGUACAAAGAGAAAUAAUUGA